AUGGGAGUUCUCUCUGGGGGAACGGGUGAGAAGUUGACGCAUGCUACGAUUAUCGUCGCCGGAGUUUCGUCGUUGGUGGCAUCUCUGCUUUCCAUCGUCUCGAUAUGGUCCCAAUCCAAGAACUACAGGAAGCCUCUUCUACAAAGAUAUGUUAUCCGCAUAUUGCUCAUGGUGCCCAUAUACUCGCUAGCAUCAUGGUCGAGUAUCGUCUCGCUGAAAGCUGCCAUGUUUGUAGAUCCAAUCCGUGAUAUCUAUGAGGCUUUCACGAUAUAUACCUUCUUCCAGUUGUUGAUCAACUUUAUUGGCGGAGAAAGAGCACUCAUUAUCAUGAUGCACGGCCGGGAGCCAGUCCACCAUCUCUGGCCUCUCACCCACUGCCUUCCGAAAGCCGAUAUUUCCGACCCUCACACUUUUCUGGCGAUAAAGCGUGGGAUCCUGCAGUAUGCUUGGUUGAAGCCAAUCCUCGGUCUGGCUACCGUCAUUAUGAAGGCCACAGGGACAUACAAAGAAGGCUAUCUCGGCUUGACAUCUGGGUAUCUAUGGAGUGGUAUCCUCUACAACAUUAGUGUCACUGUCAGUCUGUACUCCCUAGGCAUGUUCUGGGUCAUCAUGUCGAAAGAUUUACAGCCAUUCCGUCCGGUCCCCAAGUUUCUCUGCGUCAAGUUGAUCAUCUUCGCGUCAUACUGGCAAGGAUUCUUUCUGUCUAUUCUGGUAUGGCUUGGUGCAAUUCCGGACGAUGUUGAAGGCUACACCUCGGACAAUCUUGCUGCAGCUAUACAAGACGCCCUCAUCUGUGUCGAGAUGCCUAUUUUUGCUAUAGCCCAUUGGUACGCUUUCUCGUGGCAUGACUAUGCCGAUGUCACAAUCUCAGCGGCCAGGAUGCCAGUCAAGUUUGCACUCCGGGAUGCGUUUGGAGCACGAGAUCUCAUCGAGGACACAAAGGAAACUUUUAGCGGGAACAAAUAUGAAUACCGACUGUUCGACACUGGAGAUAAUGUCCUUGCCCACGAAGGCUCAUCCUCGCGUGUUGCGAGAAUGAUGGAGGGAAUGCGAUAUGAGCGAGGUGGAAAAGGCAAAUACUGGAUACCAAAACCUGGCGAUGUUAACGCUAGGACUCCCCUGCUUGCCAGUGGCGGACCAAGCCGAACACGCAGUCUAUCACCCUCAAAACCUCAGCAGAACGAUGCACAAUAUAUGGGAGCUGGGGAUGGUAACUUUGAUGAGCUCGCAUUAGAUCCGGGUGAAGAAGAUUUGUAUGAUAGGGCGAGAGCCUUGGAGUUUGGUGACUGGAAUUAUCCUGUCAUCACAGCUCAUGAAGCAUCCCGAGAGAGAUGGCUCAACUCGUCACCUGACCUGAUAACCACGUCAGCCAACCGCAAUCUGUUGCAGCCUACCAGAGACAAUCAGAUCCGCCGUGCAAGCAACGUCCGAGAAACAGUUGAAGAGGUCACCAAGAAGUCCAAACGAAAACACAGUUCUAGUAAGAACAAGAAGACAGACAGUAGCUCUAAGGGGAAGGGCAAGAACUCUCCAACUGGAGAAGAAGCACAGGAUUCUCCAACUGGAGAAGAAGGACGAGCGCCCGCUCUGAUGGGCCUGCUACGGCACCACUCAUCAGGUUCCAGCUCUGCGAAAUCGGAUCGAAGCCAGCUUGUAGAUCUCGUAGUAGAAGAUAAAAAAGCCGAGGAAAUCGACAGGGUUCGGGCACGAAAAGAGGGCGGUUCAGCUUGGAACCAGACCGAAGCUAAGCGCUUUGUACGUACUUAUGGAGAGGAUACAGGUGAGGAUAUCCGUGAAGGAUAUGAGCCCAAUCAAGAUGUCGCCGUCGCGGGUCCCAAGACAGAUCAGCAGGACGAGUUUGCGGUGGGAGAUGACGAGCCGACGCCCCAAGAUGAAGCCGAAGAGUCCACGCACUGGAAGGAAUUACAUGAGCCUGCAGUUUUGCUGAAGCCCAAGUACGGGCUGGAUGGCGAGGAGGCAUUUGAGAAUGUCUGGGGAGGCGGAGAGCCUGCAGAGCCGCCUCGGGAGAACCCCUGA